AUGGAGUGUGGAGUAGGCUGGAUUUUCACGAAACAGAGGCAUGUUACUCUGCUUGAAGGAUUCGCUACGUAUCGACUUGUUUCCUCGACACUGGUUGCGGAAGGACUGGCUAUAAAAGCCGCCAUAUGUGCUGCUUCAAACUCGGAGAUGAGAUACCUCAAUUUGCUCUCUGAUUCUCUAACUCUUGUCACUCUUCUUAACAAUGGAGGUGUGAUCAACAAGCUAAAAAGCCUAACUCACUUAUCUCGCAAGGCGAAUGUGCCUGCCGAUACCUUAGUUGAGGAGGCCUUGAAACUCUUUAGACUAUCCUCUGCACCAGAACUUUAA